CCCGCCGACCCUUAUAUAGGUGUGCACGCGACUCCCGCGGCGCGAGACGCUGCCUAGACAGGGCGUCCCGUAUUACUGAGGCACUGGUGAUGAUGUAUCGUGGUAUGCCUCUGCUCUUGUCGUCUUGUUCUUGUUCUUCUUCGUCUUCGUCGCCAGCGAGCCUUUCACCCUCCUUUGGGCCUCUUCUCUAGACAGAAGAACACCGCCCCCCCCUCGUCUCCACCUCUCUCUCUCCGCGUUUCCGAUUGUCGAAUUUCAACGCCCGCAUUUCCCGAACCAAUGCCAUGCAAAUCAACUACCUUGCGCCUCUCCAGGCUUUCCUGGACCCCAAGAACCAGUUUGCUCUCUUCUUCGUCGGCUCCUUUGUCGCCAAACUGCUGCAUCUCGGCAGCCAUGCGACCUCGUUGCCAAUCGUCCUCUAUCUCCUAUACUUCCCGACCUUCAUCCUUCCCGAUGUGAUCCUCCUGGUCGGCAGCAAGCUGCUCGUCUACACACAAAAUGCACGCCAUGCAUCACCCUACCGGAAAAUCUUUGGUGGCCUUCUUGCUGGUUUCACCGCAGCCUGCGCCGCAGCACAAAUAUCCUUCUCUAUCGAAACGGGAGGCGAGAUCCAGUGGAUGGCAGCGAGUAAGCUGAUGGGAGGCAGUGGAGGCCUGGGCCUACUAUUAUCAGGUCUUCCUGCCAUGGCCAUCGCUUUCGCAGUUCUCUAUGCCAUUUCCCUGGUCGUCGCACCAAGGUUCUACGACGCCGUCGAGCAUGUGCUGGAAAGAAUAAGCCGAUCCUUUCGACAAAGCUACCAAUUGAUCAAGAAGAGGAAACCCAGCACCGAUGAAGACCAGCAGCAGCUGCUCGUUCCCCUCAACGAAGAGCCCGCACCAUGGCCUGCCGCCCGCGAAAGUACCGAGAUCAUGGACCACACCCCACCCAAACAAGCCCCCAGCACGAAGACCGCGAUUGCUGUAGUUUUCACCACGCUCUUCGCCGCCGUCGUCGUUAUAAUACUCCAGAUUGUGCGGCCGAAAAAUCCGCCCUACGCACACAUGUCCGGUACGCUGCCGAUCACGAUCCUCGAAGCCGCGUGGUUCCAGCCCAUCAAUUCGGAAUUCUGCCUGCCGCACCCUGUGGAAAUGGCUGUUUUCCCCUUCGAGCGGUUCAACAAGUUCUACAAUCAUGCGCAGUCUCCUGACUGGAUGCCUCAGUCUGAGUUGUGUAACAAGGCAAAUCGUCCUGGUCCUCCCCCGUGGAUGGAGCACCCAGAGGAUGGUCCGCCUGGUCCUCCACCUCCAGGGCCGCCGCCUCCAGGGCCGCCGCCUCAUGGACAUCCUCCAGGACCCCCUCCUCCCCAUGGACAUCCCCCAGGACCCCCUCCUCCUCCUGGGCCUCCUCUUGGGCCUCCUGGGCCCCCGCCCCCUGGACCUCCCCCGGAUAAGCGACGCGAUGCAGGCUUUCAACGCCCCAGGAACGGCCACAGAAAGCAUUAUGAGCCGGUUUGCGAUCCGCUCAAACUAUCCAACCUCGAUGCAGAGAUCCACCAGACGCUCCAGGAAACUCUGGACACCAAAAAACCGAAAAUCAAAAAUGUUCUUCUUCUUACGCUCGAGAGCACCCGGAAAGACAUCUUUCCCUUCAAGAAGGACAGUCAUGCAUAUAGAACGAUUCUGUCUUCGUACACUUCCCCGAACGCCUCGGCUGAACUUGACGCUAAGCUCGCAAGUCUGACAGAUACUGCUGCUUUUCUUUCUGGUGAGUCCACCGGGUUUGGAGCACACGACGAGAAGGCUUCAAAAGGAAGCUGGAGAGCUGCGUUCAAGGAUGGCAUGGGAGGAAUCAACGUCCAUGGCGCGGUUACACAAGCUGCCUACACACUGAAGAGUCUUCUCAGCAGCCAUUGCGGUGUGGAACCAUUACCUGUCGACUUCACAGAGGAAAUCCGGGGUCGCAUCUAUCAGGCUUGUCUGCCACAUGUCCUGGAAACCAUGAGUCAACUCACGCGUAGUGAAGAGGAGGGCACUGAAGAUGAGGACCAGAAGAAGACGGAGACUGCUAGGGAAAACAAAGAGAAGGAUCAUCGCUCCUGGGAAUGGUCGUCGACAUUGGUGCAAUCGGUCAUAGACCAGUUCGAUUAUCAGGACGUGCUGGACGAGCAUAUGGGGUUCAAGGACGUCAUCGCAGAGAGCACCCUUUCCAAGCCGACCUCGAAGCAUUAUCCUCCAAAGCAGCCCUGGUCAAAUUACUUUGGUUACCCGGAAACUGAAACCCUGGACUACCUCCGCGAUCUCUUUGUCGACGGGCAAAAGCAGCAGAAACGCGUUUUUGUCUCGCACCUCACGAGCACACCUCACCACCCGUUCAAAACCCCCAAGGGCUGGGAGGGUAAGACAGAAUACAUGAAAAAGCAGCGAUGGCGUCCCGAGGAUCCGUUUGAUGCAUAUCUAAACACGAUCAAGUGGCAAGACGAAUGGGUCUCGCAAAUCUUCCAGAUGUUGCACGACGUCGGUGCUCUCGACGAGACACUCGUAGUCAUGACUGGAGACCACGGUCUCGCCUUUGCAACAGUCGACAAGGCCCAAUCCACCGUCAACAACGGGCACAUAUCCAACUUCGCAAUCCCCCUCCUCUUCGUCCACCCAGACCUUCCCCGCCUGCAACUCAACGCCUCAACAACACCUCUAUCCAUCCUCCCAACGGUCCUAGAUCUCCUCCUCCAAACCAAAUCCCUGCACAACCCAGCCGCCGAAAUAGCGCGCGACGUCCUCCCCAACUACCAAGGCAACUCGCUAAUCCGCAACCUCGACUACCGCGUGCCCACCACAAACGGCCUCAGCGCCCCCGCCUUCUUCCAACCCUUCCACUUCUCCGCCAUCAACCCGGGCGGCUCCCUCCUCGCCAUCAGCGACGCCUCCACAUCCUACCGCCUCAUCCUGCCCCUGUGCUCCACCAUCGCCCUCCGCUUUACAGACGUGUCCAUCGACCCGACCGAGUCCGAGCCCAUCGUCGCCUGGACAAUGGACGAGCUCAUCGCCACGGUCAAGGUGAAACACGGCGCGCGCGCAAAGGACUGGGUCCAGCUCGCCGAGGAGCUGGGCCGCUGGUGGUUCUGGGAUCAGCGCGAGAAAUGGGGGUACUGGGGGAAUGCGCGCAGUACGAGUCGAGGUGCCGGCGAGGUAGCGGGUACCGGGCGCAUUAAGAAGAAGCAUUGGUGGGAGACGAAGUAGUGUGUAUAUAUUUGCAUACACGUGCAGAGCGAAAGAGAGACAGACAGCAUUAUAUCCCCCC